GAAAAAGAACAGCUGGAAACGUGGAAACAAAGUAGACCAGGAGAAAGAAUACUGGACAUUGACAUACCACAGUCAAAUGGAUUAAAUGAUAUGCGGAUAGACCCCGAACAACUGAGUUGCUUAAAUUUUUUGUGGGAUUCACAGCAAGAAUGUAGUGCCUACAUCAAAUUAAAUGCUAUUAGCACUGAAUUUACUGCCAAACGACAUGGGGGAGAAAAAGGAGUUUCUUUCAGAAUUCAGCAAUGUACGUCUCGCCCAGGUUGCCCUUCUUCAGAUUGCACCCCCAAGUUAAUUCAUUGUGCAUCCUGUCAAGUUAAAGUUUUCAAGCCUAAAGGAGCUGAUCGAAAAUACAAAACAGACAAAGAAAAGAUCGAAAAAAAGAGUGAAUCUGAGAAAGAAAAGUAUCAACCGUCAUUUGAGUACACAGUGUUAUCCGAG